ACGGAACCCCAUAAACCAGCCGUCGCGCCCCACCUCUUCUCUCCUCUCCUCUCGCCCAGUCAAAGCCAGAGAGCACCAGCCUCAGCCUGGCUGGCGGGCUGUCUCCUCUGCCGCUGCCGCCUUCCCCUCCGCCUCUAAAUCCUCCGCCCCGCCCCGCCUGACCUUCGACUCGACCGGCGCCGAAUCCGGGACGGCGCGGGGGGAUGGGGGUGUCGCCGGUGUCGCCGGGGGGCAGCGCCGGCUACGAGUGCUCCUUCAAGAUCCUCCUCAUCGGGGACUCGGGCGUCGGCAAGAGCAGCCUCCUCGUCAGCUUCGUCGCCGCAGCCAACCUCGACGACGACAUCGCGCCCACCAUCGGAGUUGAUUUCAAAAUCAAGUUUCUUACUGUUGGUGGAAAGAAACUGAAGCUGACUAUAUGGGAUACUGCUGGCCAGGAGAGGUUUAGGACAAUCACUAGUUCUUACUAUAGAGGUGCUCAAGGAAUUAUACUAGUAUAUGACGUCGCGAAGAGAGAGAGCUUCACAAAUUUGGGUGAUGUAUGGACUAAGGAGAUAGACUCAAACUCAUCAAACAAAGACUGCAUAAAAAUGCUUGUUGGAAACAAAGUUGAUAAGGAUGAUGAGAGAACAGUCACAAGAGAAGAAGGUCUUGCCUUCGCACAAGAAUCCGGAUGUCUGUUUCUUGAGAGCAGUGCAAAAACACGAGAAAACGUCGAGAAUUGUUUUGAAGAACUUGUGCUGAAGAUCCUUGAGGUUCCAAGUCUCCUGGAGGAAGGCUCGUCAUCGGUUGUCAAGAGGAACAUUCUGAAAAAGCAACAGGAAAGUCAUGCAAAGUAUGGUGGUAGAUGCUGUCAAUAGAUCUGUGACGUAUGAUUGAGCUCACUAUCUGUGGUCAUCGCAUCGCAGGCAAGUUCAUGAUACCCAAAUUGUAGAUGUUGUCGCGUUCUCGUUGUACAUGAGUUGUGUCUAAACAAUCUGUGAGUAGAAAAGGUGGGGAAAUUGGGGAAAGUAAGUACAGUAGUUUGUAAGGUUUUGGAGAGUGGUUAAAAUUGGUUUGUACAAAGGGAACGCUGUGUCUAUUCUUGCUGUCUAAUAAGGUAUAAUUUGCGCAAA